ACACUGCCUUUCCCCAUUGGGUCUCUGUACGAGUCACAUGCUUUGGGCGUCCUUGAAAAGAAUCUUCUCAGGCCUCAGCAUCUUAUCUGAGUCUCCUGAAUCCCACUUAGAACUGCAUUGAGCUCUCACCCAUCACGAUGAGCAACAAAUUCCUGGGCACCUGGAAACUUGUCUCUAGUGAGCACUUUGACGAUUACAUGAAAGCUCUGGGUGUGGGGUUAGCCACCAGAAAACUGGGAAAUUUGGCCAAACCUACUGUGAUCAUCAGCAAGAAAGGAGAUAUUAUAACUAUACGAACUGAAAGCACCUUUAAAAAUACAGAGAUCUCCUUCAAGCUAGGCCAGGAAUUUGAAGAAACCACAGCUGACAAUAGAAAGGCCAAGAGCAUCAUAACCCUACAGAGAGGAUCACUGAAUCAAGUGCAGAGAUGGGAUGGCAAAGAGACAACCAUAAAGAGAAAGCUAGUGAAUGGGAAAAUGGUAGCGGAAUGUAAAAUGAAGGGCGUGGUGUGCACCAGAAUCUAUGAGAAGGUCUGAAAAAUCGUUUCCUCAUUGAAGUGGCUUUUGAUCAUUUAAUGAUGGAAAUCAAUUGCUUCCAUUGACAAAACCUGAAUACACUGCAAAUGUUUGUUUUUGCUUUUGUCUUAAUAUAUCAGAUAGGCAAAGGCCUAAACUGAGAAUUAAUCUAGAAGUCAGUGUUAUUUAAACAGUUUUAAUGUGCAUGCAUGUUAUUACUACAUUAAAGCAUAUAUGUUGGCCAGACACAAUCAGUGGAUGAUGUCAUUUAAUUAACUACAAAAUUCUAACCUAUGUUGAACUUUGUAUACUUGAAAUGAGAAUAAAAAGGAUAUAGUUUGUUAGUAAAAGGAAAUCAAAGUAUUGAUCACAGUAGCAAACUCAAAUGCUGACAAGGGCCUGGGGAGUUAUGGGGAAGGAGCAUCAGAAAUGAGGCAAGCUAGGAGAAUGAGCUAUUUUAAUGUAAAGAAUUGUAGUCUCAGCUAAAAGGGGUAGCCUCUACUCCAGCCAACAUAUUAAAAUUAAUGGAUAAUUUAUAGACAGUUAAAUACAC